UGUCUCUUUACAAACGUAAAAGAUCAAUCGGAUUUAGUGCCCUGAAAGCGGUAUUUGAGGCAAUAAUUUUCAAAAUUCAGCUUUUAAAUGACAUUGUGAAGCACGGAAAAGGAUCUGAACCAUGAGUUCUAGAGCUAGACAACCUUCGGCCAGUGUUAAAGAUAUAGGCUUUGUAGGACUUCGCUCUUCAAUGACUUUGGAGGAGGUAGAUUGCGAAAAAAGAGGAUAUAGGCUUACCAAAACAGUUCUAGGCACAGGAGUCUAUGCCAAAGUAAAGCUGGCUUAUGUGAUGGAAAGUAAAGUGGAGAAGGACAAAAGACUGGCGGAUGAUCUGGACAAAAAGGGACAUAAUAUGGUUGCUAUUAAAGUUGUAUGUAAGAAAAAGGCGCCUCCAGAAUAUCUGUCCAAGUUCAUGCCUCGAGAAAUCGACUCUCUUAACGCAACCUGUCGGCAUCACAAUGUGAUUCAACUCUAUGAAACGUUCCACACGGAAGCAAAGAUUUAUCUCGUCAUGGAGUAUGCUUCAAGAGGGGACUUGUUGGAUUUUAUCAACUCGCGAUCCAGACUAGGAAUAGGAAUUGGAGAGAAACUGGCAAAACAUCUUUUUAGACAGAUUGCUGAGGGAGUUGCACACUGCCAUCGUAGAAAUGUUGUACACAGGGAUCUCAAAUGUGAGAACAUUUUGCUUGAUCAAGAUAACAUUGUUAAAGUAUCAGAUUUUGGAUUCGCCACUCGCUAUCCCAAGAACAAGUGCGACCUGCUUUCCACUUUCUGUGGAUCGUACGCAUAUGCUGCACCAGAAAUACUGCAGGCGCAGAAAUACGACGGGAGAAGCGCAGACGUGUGGAGCAUGGGUGUCAUUUUGUUUGCCAUGGUAUGCGGUCGAUUGCCCUUUAACGACAGGAGUCUUCACUCCCUAAUCGUUGAGACGAAAACGAAGUUAGCAUUUCCUUCCAAAGUUACGUGCUCAGCAGAUUGUCAGCAUAUUAUUCGCAGCAUUCUUGCGUGGGACCCACGAAAGAGAAUCACUAUUCCUCAGCUUUUCACCCACGUUUGGCUAACUGGUGAAAUGGCCAAGGUUUCAUCUGUCAACGCUCGAAGCAUAAUAGAGAAAAGCCCUCUUACUUUGACCUCCAUUCAAAAAGAGAUCGAGCGAGUUCUUGAGGAACAUAAAAUAUCACAACCAGAGAGGUCUACUCCUGUGAAACAGACAGAGGUGUACAGAGCACCAAAAACACCAGUUCCAAAACAUGGAUGGUCUUCCUCAGGCAACACACCUGAGCCCUACGCUGCCGCAAAGCUUCUGCACAAAAGGGACUACAGGCUCCCUUCGAAGUCCCCUGGGCCUCAGGCCAUUAAAAUAGACAGCCCUGGAAUAGAAACCUCAAAUAUGCACCCGCCAAGAGGCUCCACACCAUGUCCUCGAAGUUUUACGCCCUCGCCUCAACCACAAAUGCCUAAAAAGCAAGAACUGGCUGGGAAAGUUGCUGAAAUACUCACGGAGUCUGGGUACCAGACCAGACCAACCAACCUCAGCCGUGGAACGUACGUGGUUAUGAAUAAGGCGCUGCAAGCUACGCAAAGGAGCGCACAGACUAGGAAUGAGAUCCGGGGUAACACACAACGAGUAUGGAAGUAUGUUGCCAAAUCAUCUUCUAACAAAAGAAUGGGUCUCACGCCAACUAAAGUCUCGGAUGUAACUCCGUUACCUAAAUCCAAGGACCAAACCCAAGCAAAUACAAACUUAACUUCUGUGUCUCUGAACACUGUCGCUCUCAGUCCACCAGCUACAGAAAAGCUAGUUAAAACCGCGUUGCCCUGGAGACAAGGGAACCUACUUCAUAGAGGGCCAGCGCGAAAUCCUCUAAUGAAGUCCCAGCAAACCAAGAGCGCGUUGCCUACGCAAGCACAAACGACCACCAGACUAGAAAGUGCAAGAAUAUCCAGGAGCAAAAUGACCGAAGCAACUAAAACAUGCAAACCUUACUUUAUGAACCUCGCCAUUCAAGAGAACUCCAAUGGAAGAGCAGGAGUUCAACGCAUUCCUGCCUCAAGAGUAGGCUCCGAAAGAUAUCCAGAGACAAAACGGGAACACACCAGAAGUGGCUCAGUUUUGAACGGAUUUCGUCUGAAAAACGGUGAGGGAAGAGUGUACAGUGGCUCAUUUAGAGAAGUAUCUUCAAGGAGUGGUUCUCAGCAUGGCUACGCUUCAGGCAACACGGACAAAAAACACGUGAGAUUUCAAGAAGACUCGCGCCAAAUUUAGGACACAAUCGUAGUUAGGUGUGGCUCUUGUUCCGAGAGGACGAAACACGACCCUUUGUGAAGUUUGUUCGUGUUUGUUGUGUCCUGAACAUUCUGGGUGAA